UGUCCUCCCUCUCCUCCGCUCCACUAGCAACCAGAAGCUAUUCGCGUUUAGGCUACAGGCGGAGAUUUUGAGAACUGGGAAGAAUUUGACAAACUUUUUUGAUCCCAACGUAGCCUAAACGGACCGCAGCGCUUCGCUGCCAAUCUUUAUAGAGACAUCGAUUAGUUUACUGCGUAUGUCGACUUCAAUGUAAAUAAAUUAUAGUUCCUCUUUUCAUGGAAUAUGAAUAACAACGUCAGGAGGAUGAGAUCUUGACCGAAUCAUGUAUGGAAUUUUUAUUUUAGAAAACGCGUUGUCUGUCUUGUUUAAAGCGCGGUUAGGACGGAGCUGUUUUUGCGCUAUUAAUUUUUUCUUCCCAUCGUUUUUUCAAAUGGGUUUUCAUUAAUUCAAACUGACAUGGCUAACUGAUAGAAGGAACAUUUUUUUUGUGACGUGGGAAGUUAAUUUGAAUUUAAUAUGAAAACGUAACUUUUUCAUUUAAACCAAUAUUGAGAGUUUUACCACUUCGCCAACUCUCUCGGACCAUUAGCCUAUAACCAAUGUGUUGUCAACUGGAAGGACGCGUUGUCCGGAUCUCACCUAAACGUUGAUACGUGUUGGGAGUGAUGCACUGGCUUCCCCUGGUUGCCAUGGUGAUUGCCUCGGCCCUGCCCUUCCCUCACAGCCCUGUGGCCAGUACUGUUGCUGCGAUGAUGGAGCCCGGCAGUAGCCUGGACAACCACACAGAGGACAUCGAUGACUCUUCCAGUCGCUCCGGAUCUUACGCCACACUUCCAGCUCCUCAGGCCUCUGUGGACUACAACUCCCACAGUAAUGCCUCACUCAAGGACUACAACUUGACUGCUGAUUCUGGCAGAGCAGACAGUACAAAACACCUCAGCAUGAUGGGUGUCAAGAAAGACUACAAUAACCCCUCCAUAAUUAAAAAGGAGGUGCAAACUUUGAAAGGGAAGCGAAAACAACAAAGUUAUCUGUCAAAAAGCAAUUUUCAUACAGAAAAUACAAACAGCGUCGGUUUAAAUAAAUAUUCUAACACUGAUGGAGGAAAACUCGGGAGCACCAAUGGCAGCAGUCGUCAGGACUACCCCUCCCAGGAGAACUAUGUACUAGGGGACUAUAAAUCAGACAGCAGUAGAGCUGGUGAUGACAGCAGCUUUACAGACAUGGCUCAGAAGGAAAACCCUCAUCACUCUCUAGACCCCAGGACCGAUAAACAGGAUCUCAGACCUCCCAACAUGUCUGUGGUGGAAACGUACAAACCUUCCACUACUGCUGGACACCACAGUCAAACUGGGCCAGAUCCCUCCAGUCAGAGGGCCCCGCAGAGAGCAGAGGCUAGGACAGAGAGCAGUGAUAACAGGGGAGAGGAGGGGUGGGAGGGUGGGCCUUGGGCAGGGGCUGAGAAAGGUCCGGAGCUGUCAGAGGAAGGCUUAGGACUGGAAGUAGGACUAGGUUUAGGGCUGGGUCUGGGAGGUUUACAGGAGAAGCAAGAGCUGGUGUUUUUAGAUGCACAUCCGCGGGUCCUGUUCUCUGCCUCUCCUCCAGAGCACCCACCCCUCCUCCUCAUGCUGGAGUCAGGCAUGCUGCCCAUGGAAGGAGACGACAAGGAGGAGGAGGAGGAGGUGGCGGACGCAGACGGACACAUGGAGGGCCAUGGGGACAGAGAGACAGACGGGAGCGUGCCGCUGAGCUGGGUGGACACUCUCAGGGGGGCUAGGGAGCCCCCUCGCCCCGCCCACAGGCACAAGCGCUCGCACUUGUCCCACACCAGGCGGGGUGAGAUGCCGGUGUGCGAGUCGGAGAGCGUGUGGGUGACGGACAAGACGACGGUCAUCGACGAUAAGGGUCACACGGUCAACAUCGUGCCAGAGAUCAAGACGGUCAAGGGGCUGCUUAAGCAGUACUUCUAUGAGACUCGCUGCCGCCAGGAGGGGCAGCAGAGGGGCGGGGGGCCGCAGCGGGAGGCAGGGGGGCAGGGCUGCCGGGGCGUGGAUAUCAGGCAGUGGGUGAGUCAGUGUAAGGCCAAGGACACAUAUGUCCGAGCCCUCACUGUUGACAACAGAGGUCUGCAGGGCUGGAGGUGGGUCCGCAUCAACUCAUCCUGCGUGUGUGUUCUACUGUCCAGAGUAACCAGGCACUACAGAGGAAGGGAGUGAGGGCAGGAGAUGGAGGAGAGGUGGAGAGGGAGAGGAUAAUGUGGAAGAAAUGUUAGCACAGAUAAUGCUUGGGACAUUGGAUGUUAUGUCAGUGAGACAGUAAGUGUUACUUUCUAGGCCAGGGUGCCUCUGCUCUUAGACUGACGAGCCUCUCCUCAUGGACUAGUGCCUAUCAGUCUGUCUUCCUCUCAUCCCUCACUCUCACUCCUCUCUCUAUCUUUACUAAUAGCUCUCUCUGAAUCCCACAACAUUUUAUGAUAUUUUAGUCAUUUAGCAGACAAUGUUAUCCAGAGCGACUUACAUUAGUGCAUUCAUCUUCU